AUGAAAGAGUUCAUCUAUUUGCUGUUGUAUGUAGAUGAUAUGCUCUUGGCUGCAAAGAGUAUAACAGAAGUGAACAAGCUAAAGGCAGAGUUAAGUAGAGAAUUUGAGAUGAAAGACUUGGGAGCAGCUAGUAGAAUCUUGGGCAUUGACAUUACAAGGAACAGAAAAGAAGGUACAUUGUGCUUAUCUCAGUCUGGUUACUUGAAGAAAGUGAUUCAAAGGUUUAAUAUGGGUGAAGCUAAGGUUGUAAGCACGCCCAUUGGUGCACACUUCAAGCUGUAUUCAGUUCAAGAUGAUAGUGAGUGUGUUGAUACAGAGUUGGUACCAUACAAUAGCGCAGUUGGCAGCAUUAUGUAUGCAAUGAUUGGGACACGUCCAGACAUUGCUUAUGCUAUUGGUCUUGUUAGCAGGUUUAUGAGCAAGCCAGGAGACAUACAUUGGGAGGCUGUGAAAUGGUUAUUGAGGUAUCUUAAAGGCUCGGUUGGGAUGAAUUUGGUGUAUACAAAGGGAAAAGAAUUCAGUGUGCAAGGUUUUAGUGACUCAGAAUAUGCAGGAGAUCUUGACAGAAGAAGGUCUAUCAGUGGUUAUGUGUUCACGGUUGGUGGAAAUACAGUGAGCUGGAAAUCAAGCUUGCAGAAGGCAACUACUUUGUCAACUACAGAGGCUGAAUUCGUUGCUCUAACAGAGGCUGUCAAGGAAGCCAUGUGGAUUCGUGGCUUGUUGGAUGACAUGGGGUUGAAACCAGCUAAAGCUUUGAUAUGGUGUGAUUCUGAGUCUGCUAUUUGUUUGUCAAAGAAUAACACAUUUCAUGAGAGGACAAAGCAUGUUGCUACCAAGUUUAACUUCAUCAGAGAUGUUAUUGAAGAAGGUGAAGUUGCAGUGAGUAAGAUUCAUACAUCAAAGAAUCCUGCGGAUAUGCUUACAAAAAGCAUUCCAGUUCGUAAGUUUGAGGAAGCCUUAGAUUUUCUAAGGUUACUCAAGUGA